GAGACUGACUCUGCAAGACUUCAAAUAUCACCAUUUUCUCAUUUCCAUAACAGAAAUAAUAAAUAUCUUCUUCAACCUCCUUCCACGUCAUCAACCACCACCACCGUCUCCGUCGCCGCCGCCGCCGCUACUGCUUCAAGUUUCCUCCACAAAAUGACGACUUCCGCCGUCGCUAAUCACACUCGCUGCUCCUAACUUUCUAAAUUUAAAUGGAUAAUAUUAACCACCACCACCGCCUUAUGUUUCCGGUGCUCUUAAUCGCCUUCAUCUCCUUCUCACUCCUCUGCUUUGCUCUGUUCCGGCGGCUCCGCCACCGUCAUUCACCGCCGCUGAUAACCGACAUUGUCCGUACAAUCAAUAGUGACGAUUGUAUUACCACCUUACAAAACCUAAAAUCUGUUACAUCCGACGAUACGAGCCCUAAUUCUUCCUUACUUCUCGAGAUCUGGCCGGAAUUGUUAGCGGAUGACCGGAAGACGGCGGAGAAUGACGUCACAACGGCCGGAGACGAGGAAUGUGAAAGGAAAAAGAAGAAGAAGAAAAGAGCGAAGAAGAAACAACGAUCCGAUUGCGAUGAUUUGUCGAAAAAUCGAGUGGUGGAUAAGGAGGAUUUGGUUGGAGGAAAUGGAAGAGUGAAGAAGGAUGAGGAUUUAGUGUGUUUGUAUCCGUUUACUUCGGCUUCGAGUGCGACACAGAGGAGGAUUAAGCAACAGUAUGAUCAGCUUGUGAAAUCUCAUGAGUCCAAGGGAUUGACUCUGCUUCAGGUUGGUCAGUUUGUAAACUGCUUGAUUGAAGCAAGAAAUGAGCUAAAACACAAGUCUGAGGUCAUUCAUAGGAAGUUUACGAUUACAAAGGCUUUAUUAUUUAAAGCAGACAGGUCUUCAUUUGAUCGACUGCGCCAACAGAUAUACAAACUAGAGUUAGAACAAAAGAGGCUAGAAGAGGAUGCAUUUGUAUAUAACUGGCUUCAGCAACAACUUAAGCUCUCACCAGCUUACAAGAAGAUGCUUGAAAUCGGUGCUUACAUGGAGUCAAAGGCAAAAUCUGUUGAAGCAACAGAAGAUAGUGAUUUAGAUAAUGAUAUAUCUGAUAUUUCUUUUGAGGAGCUAUUGGCUCAGGAGAAAAAGGAUUCAUUCUGGCAAAAGAAGGGGAAACCCAAGUUCGGUUCGGGUUGAUGGGUUGAUGGCUGGAAAAUAGAAUUUUAAUGAUGCAUCUGUGCAGAGUUUUUAUUGCUUAUUUUGGGUUAUCUUAUAGAUUACACAGAACUUAUAUUGCUGAUGUAACCUAACUUAUAGAAUUUUGUUUUCUAAUCUACUGGUGAACUGAAACUAAAGCUUGUCUUGCUUUUGAUCA